AUGCUCUCUUCACACCUCGCCUUUGCCCUCCUCUCUGCCAUGGCCAUGGCCAGCCCUGUCCCUCAGAAACGCGCUGAGACCACCUGCACGGAUAUCAACCACUGUGAAUUCAAGGGGUGCUGGACAGAGAUGGACGGCCAGUCGUGGUGCAGUCCAGACGAUGGCAACACGGCCUCGACGUUUUCGCUCAAUGAGAUCCUGUUUGACACCGGCAUGGACCUUAAAAAGCGCAAGGCCUAUACAGAGGGCAUCCCGAGCAGCCUGGUGCUCGAGGCCAUUGGCCGUUCGCCCACGUUUACCGGUGGAGCGGAAGGCACCGGCUCCAUCCUCAACACGAUGAGCCUCCUCGCCAAGCUCUCGGCUACGCACGCCAUUGAAAUGAGGAACGUCAUCAGCUGGGGUGUCGAAAUUGGCGUCGAGUCGGACCGCAGCGUCACUUCAUCGUUCUACUACACCGGUGAAGGCAGUGCUAAAAACGGUAAAAUUGUGUUUUCCGCUUCCAACGUCCUCGACGGCAGCCAGGAGCAGUCGAUGGGGUUCGUGGCUCACGAGAUGGGUCACGCCGUCUUUGACCAUGGUGGAUACAGUGCCGACCUCCAGAACAGCCUGAGCGGCCAAGGCGACCUCGCCAACCAGGACAUCUAUGGUAACCUGGCUGGCAUGGUCAACGAGCCGUUCGCGGGUAUCUUCGCCCAGCGUAGCACUCUGUACCAGCACAUUGACAACCCCGACAAGAGCAAGUGUUACUGGAACCGCCUCGUGUGGUCUUGGGAUGUCAACAGCCUCUUCAGGACGCCCGACGAGGGCUACUGGAAAUACUACGGCCUUCACAACCCCAAGUCGUAUGAAGGUUUCCAGCCGCUUCUGGACAUUGGCGUCAACGUCCUCUUGCCCCGCCUCGCGGAAGAGUACGGCCUCACCAACGACCCGUACCUUCGCGCCGGCAUUGAGGCGUAUGUCUCAAAGGAUGCCGAAUGCAAGGAUUAA